UCGAAUCGAUGGUACAUUACAAUGCACGUGUGCAGAAACCAUUUCUUGUUAAUAGGCUGGUUCACGGUUGCUCGAGGAUACAUCUGGUACAUUACAUUACGAUGGCGCAUUGUUGGAACGUAGGCUAUAUGCUCGGUCGGCUGCCUCCUUCUCUUUAUACAUUGUGUAUCCAGGCACAAGUACUUUAGGACGCCUCCUUAAUAUCCGUAUGCUGUCUCCAUCGCUAAAGCGAAAGAUCGUGCGUCUUAGGUGCGAUGGAUCGCAGGAUCGAUCAUGAUCGAUGGACUCGAUGGUUUUCCCUUUCCAACCACUCCCCGGCAAUGUGUACAAUCAAAGGCCGUGGUAUGUAGGCCUACUGUGACAAAGUAUAUACAAAGAAUCCCCAUUGUGGACUACAUUGGCGACUGUAUAUGGUUUAUGAAAUACACAAGACAAAGAUGAAAUCUCUGGUGAUCGUUUUGAGUCUUCUCAUCUCGUGCACCCUCAGUUACAGAAUCACUAUAGAAUGUGACGAAGAUGGUCUGGGGCUGGGAGGUGAUGAUGGUUUUGGCCCUGGUAUGGAAGGUGAUGGACUGGGGCUGGGAGGUGAUGGCAGUUUUGGCCCUGGUAUGGAAGGUGAUAUGUCUGAUGCCGCCGACCUCUACGACGUCCUAGGAAGCAGUCACGAUGACGAUGGACUAGGUCUGCCUAAGGACGCUGAUCUGUUGGGCUUGGUCGGAGGAGAUGAAGAUGGUGAGGAUGAUGACGAUAUUGACGAUUUGUCCGUAUCGCCGAGGGAACUCGCUAAAGGUCUUCAAGAAAACAAGCAGACCGCUGAGGCUGAGGCUCUCAACAAUGCUGCUGACAUCACUGACAAACUGAGCGAGCAGAUGAACAAGGAGGUGGAGGGUGAGUUGAAGAAGGGGAAGAGCGAGCUGGAGAAGGGGGCUGAGAAAGCGGCACAGAAAGAAGAUAAAGAGGACAAGAUGUUGGAAACUGAGCUGACUAAUGAGGUGGACAAGGAAACACAGGAAAAGACCAACGAACGGAAAGAGGAGAAGAAAGUCUUGGAAAAACUUGAUUCAACAUCACCUCUUCCAUGAACAAACCAGUUUAUAACAUAAGCUGUACGAUAUCGACGGUGCUGAACUGGAAAACCAUCCAAUGGAAUGUGUGUUGGAAUCCCAGCACAACUUACACCGGGACGCCAACAAGUUUAUAUGUAGAGAAACUUCAUCUGUGAUGAAGAAAUACUUGAUAUCAUUGCAA